AUGCAACGCAGCGCAGUGAGAGGCGAGGACGGCGGUGGCAGUGUGGUGGCAGCGGCGGCCGCAUGGACGAGGGACGGGGGCGGCAAGAUCGAAGAAUGGUGGGCGUACCAAGUACAGGGGUGGGGAGCUCAGGUGGGAGCGAACAUGGGGUUGGGCAUGGGAGAUCAGGGAUGUGGAGCGAGAGGUACGUACUCGCAGGUAGUGACGAAGCACCAAGCUUUGCUCCCUGUCCACUCCCCAUUAGCAUUUUCCUCUUUUGGCUUCGUCUAG